AUGCUGCAGAGGAUCUCUGCAUUCUGGAUCAUUGCAUGUGCUGCGAUCCUCCCUUUCGCUCUGCGGGUGGGGGCUCUACUCACCACAGGAUGCCGAUCUUUCUGUGAGACUCAUGCGCUCAACAUGACGCAGCUCCUACAGCAGUCGCGCAGGGUCUUAAUCCAUCAAGAAGAACUGGGCCAUGUGGAACGCUCUCAAUUUAUGGAACUUGUUUUUGCAGUGCUGCAACAUCGAGGCGAGCUGCAGCUACCCGGUGUUUGUCCUUGUGCUGUCCUAGUUGCUGCUGCCGUACAGCUUGGCAUCGAAGCCUACAACAUCGAGCACGGGGCCUUGCAUACCAACUACGACCAUGUCACUGCAUUUCACCGAUCCGGCAUCCUCGACCGCACGAUAAGGGAAGCAUCGGCGACUUGCUCGAUCGGUGAAGGCCGCUACUGGCCAAUCACGCAAGCUGUAGACGUGUUGUUGACGACAGCACGCUCGAUGAUGGAGCGUUUGCAGCGUGUAGGUGACUGGGUGGCGACGUUUCAGGAGGAGUCGACGAUCACGGAUGAGCAACACAUCGAAGCGCUGGCUGAUGCAGCUGCCGUCUUUGAUUCGGAAGGGUUGGAGUGGUGGCCUUGCAGGGGCACACUUAUCGCUUUACUCCGCCACGGCAAGCGGAGCGGCCUUCUUUCCAAGGGCAAGUUGGAUGUUGUCGAUCAUGAUGUCGAUAUCAUGGUAUGCGUUUCAUCCCACGAACAGUGGGCUAAACAGCGGCUCUCUGUUGAGAAGAAGCUGCAGGAGCGAGGCUGGAGAAAUUGCUUCGAAAGGUAUUCUGCAAGCGAGUCUUACGAAGGUCGCCAGUAUCAUUUUGCACGUGGAGAUCUCUUCUUGUGCACUAGGGCCGAUCCCAAAGUAACUCUAGACAUCGCAACAUACAUCGUAGAUGGCCCCAUCGCAUACGCACAAAAGUACUGCCUUCCUAGUCCCCACUCUGCUCUUAGGCCCCGGUGUUGGUUUCCCCAGAACGAUGGCACCUUCCGCGGAAGUCGGGGUCGGCUGCGAAUUUCGGCCAUCAGGCCUCUCAAGCGUUGCAAGGCCGGACACCUUUCCGUCCCUUGUCCGAGAGAGCCGCUGGAGACGUUACGAGCCACCAUGAACGUGAACUUUACGGGAAGCUGCGUAGCACUCCCCGACAUUGAGCAACGCCUCGAGCGCGACUUGUACGACAGUGACAAAGACGCGUGGCUCUCGGAAGGCUUGACCAAGGAAGAUGUGGAGAUCUUGAGACAGCGGGCUGCUGAUCUUGACAAAGAAGGUUAUCAGUCCAUGACUCCGUACCUGCGGUGUGCAGAUCUCUCUGGCUGA